UCCCGCCAGCCCGGCCCUCCUCUCGGCGCCUGGCCUCUCCCGGGAAGAUGAGCCUGCUUGGGGGCCGUGGCCGAGCUGCGGUUGCCGGGUGACUGCGUGAGCCGGACGCAGAGCGAGUCCGGCCGGAGGACGCUCGGGGUGACCUUCGAGCGCCCGGCGGAGGGCGGCAGCGGCGGGGCCGCGAGGGAACGGCGAGCGGAAGGCCUGGGCAGGAGCACUAUGGCAGAAACCGAGUCUCCCCUGAAGCACUUUGUGCUGGCAAAGAGGGCCAUCACAUCGAUUUUCAGCCGCCUGCUGGAGUUUGUUACCGACGGGUCACACUUUGUCGAAGCAACAUAUAGGAACCCAGAACUUGAUGGAAUAGCCACUGAGGAUGACCUCGUGGAAAUUGAGGGCUACAGAAACAAGCUUGCUGUCAUUGGGGAGGUGCUUGCGCGGAGACACAUGAAAGUGGCCUUCUUUGGCAGGACAAGUAGUGGCAAGAGCUCUGUGAUCAACGCGAUGCUGUGGGACAAAGUUCUCCCGAGUGGGAUUGGCCACACCACCAACUGCUUCCUGAGUGUGGAGGGAACUGAUGGGGAUAAAGCCUAUCUGAUGACGGAGGGGUCGGAUGAGAGGAGGAGUGUGAAGACAGUUAAUCAGCUGGCACACGCCCUCCACAUGGACAAGGACUUGAAAGCUGGCUGUCUGGUGCAUGUGUUUUGGCCCAAAGCAAAAUGCGCCCUCUUGAGAGAUGACCUGGUUUUGGUAGACAGCCCUGGUACAGAUGUCACCACAGAGCUGGACAGCUGGAUCGAUAAGUUCUGUCUGGAUGCUGAUGUCUUUGUUUUGGUUGCAAACUCAGAGUCAACACUGAUGAACACGGAGAAGCACUUUUUCCAUAAGGUGAAUGAACGGCUGUCCAAGCCGAAUAUCUUCAUCCUGAAUAACCGUUGGGAUGCCUCUGCCUCAGAGCCGGAGUACAUGGAUGACGUGCGCAGACAGCACAUGGAAAGGUGCCUUCACUUUCUGGUGGAAGAACUCAAGGUCGUGAGCCCUGUGGAGGCUCGGAAUCGCAUCUUCUUUGUCUCAGCCAAGGAGGUUCUGAACGCCAGGAAGCAGAAGGUCCAGGGGAUGCCUGAAGGUGGUGGGGCACUUGCUGAAGGAUUUCAGGCACGGCUACAGGAGUUUCAGAAUUUUGAGCAAACUUUUGAGGAGUGUAUCUCGCAGUCAGCAGUGAAAACAAAGUUCGAACAGCACACUAUCAGAGCUAAGCAGAUACUAGACACUGUGAAAGCCGUCAUGGAUUCGAUAAACGUGGCGGCAGCAGAGAAAAGGGUUUAUUCAAUGGAAGAAAGGGAAGACCAAAUUGAUAGAUUGGACUUUAUUCGAAACCAAAUGAACCUUUUAACACUGGAUGUCAAGAAGAAAAUCAAGGAGGUGACAGAGGAGGUGGCAAACAAGGUUUCAUGUGCAAUGACAGAUGAAAUUUGUCGACUGUCUGUUUUGGUAGAUGAAUUUUGUUCCGAGUUUCAUCCUACCCCGAGUGUAUUGAAAGUGUAUAAGAGUGAGUUAAACAAGCACAUUGAGGACGGCAUGGGGAGGAACCUGGCCGACCGCUGCACCAGCGAAGUGAAUGCCUCCAUGUUUCAGUCCCAGCAGGAAAUCAUCGAAAACUUGAAGCCGUUGCUCCCCGCUGGCAUACAGAACAAGCUUCACACACUGAUCCCUUGCAAAAAAUUUGACCUCAGCUAUGACCUCAAUUGCCACAAGCUGUGUUCAGAUUUUCAGGAGGAUAUCGUGUUCCGAUUUUCCCUGGGCUGGUCUUCCCUCGUGCAUCGAUUCCUGGGCUCCACAAAUGCACAGAGGGUGCUGCUCGGGCUGUCAGAGCCCGUCUUUCAGCUCCCUAGAUCUUUAACUUCAACACCCACUGCUCCUGCCAAUCCAGCAGCACCAGACAAUGUGGCCCAGGAGGAGCUCAUGAUCACCCUGAUCACAGGCUUGGCAUCCCUCACAUCUAGAACAUCUAUGGGCGUCAUAGUUAUUGGAGGCGUGAUUUGGAAAACAGUGGGCUGGAAACUCAUCUCUGUUUCUUUAAGCAUGUACGGAGCAUUGUACUUAUAUGAAAGGCUGACCUGGACCACGCGUGCCAAAGAGAGAGCUUUUAAGCAGCAGUUUGUGAAUUAUGCAACGGAGAAACUGCAGAUGAUCGUGAGCUUCACAAGUGCCAGCUGCAGCCACCAAGUGCAACAAGAAAUGGCUACCACCUUUGCUCGCCUGUGCCAACAAGUUGAUGUUACUCAAAAACAUCUGGAAGAAGAAAUUGCUAGAUUAUCCAAAGAAAUAGAUCAAUUGGAGAAAAUACAAAAAAGUUCAAAGCUCCUAAGAAAUAAAGCUGAUCAACUUGAAAGUGAGCUGGAGAAUUUUUCGAAGCAGUUUCUGCACUUGAGGAAUGAGGAGUCAUAGUGACGAGUGCUGCGGAGACCACCUCAGAAGACACGGAGCUUGGAGAACGGGAGAGCUGUUAUUUUUAUGGAAUGACUUCAAUAUGAAUUACACUAACUAUAAGUUGUAACGCUCUGCAUAGAUUGUGGUAGUCUGUCUCAGGGUGUUUGUGCCUUUUGAAGAGUGUUGUGAUACGUCAUUAGUUUUAGUUUGGAGUAAAGAAGAGACUAAAUGGGUUAGAUGAUGAAUUGGUUUAAGAGCAGCAGAACCAGCUGCGAUGGCUGAGGGCUGGGUCCUGUGGCCUCCUUAGGGCUCCAAAGAGCCACUUCCUGGCAUCCAGGAGUUAGUGAGCUUGUCAUCCUCCUCAGCAUGAGUUUUUGAUGCCUUCUUUAUGGGAAUAGGAAAUCUGGUUUUUAAGCUAACUUGCUCUAACACCAGGGAGUGCGGGCUGUUCUUGGGUGUAGUAUUUAUGCAAGUUACAGUCCCUUGGCCAGCACAGCAAGAUGUAAACCACUAAUAAGCAUGGUGUUUUUACCCUUUUAUCCCAUUAAAGCUGAUGUGAAACAGGAGCAAGCCUGUCCUUACAGCAUACAUGAAGUGUCUGGUCUAGUUUUCUAUCUCUUAAGAAGCAUCUGUGCUAUGAAAUCUAGUUGGACCCCAGGGCGAGAGUCUGGCAGGGAGAGCACUGCUGCCUUGUUGUGAGUUGGAAGGUCUGAAGGGAUGGAGGUGGCUGGCAGGGGCCCAGGAGGUCUGCCUGGAGGGUGGGGACCUGACAGCGAAGCUGGAUGGAGGUGUUGGGAAGGUGCUUGAUGGCGGGCACUGGGCUCAACCCCACUGGGGGCUUUUACUGUAUGUGAAUUUUCUGGGGCUUUGUUAAAAAUUGUCACUGUUUUCCUAUUGUAGUGAAAGGUUUGUGGUUCAACUAUCAUAUCUGCUUCUGAGCUGAGCUGACUGACACCUGUGGAAAUACUUCCAAGUGGCAGGUUCUCUGACCUGAUUAUGACAGAGGAACGCUAAGUGGAUGCCUGUCAGUCCAAGGGUGCCAUCUUAGGGGACGCUGUGUUCCACAGGGUGUUGAGGGUCCAAAUUUGAGGCCUUUUCUUUUCAGCACUUACCUUUCUGUGCCUUUUAAGGCUCCUGGUGCUAGUUUGCCUUCACGUAGGCGCACCGCCACCUUUUAAGGUGUUUAAAGGGUGUUUUAGGCCAUAGAAAUGUCUCACUUCUGUCUUAUGCAAAUCGGGUAUUGGACUGCAGUAUUCAAAUCUAAAUACCUGUAACUACUUUUUGCUUUUAUUGCUGAUUUUUAACCCAAAACAUGGCACAGGCCACCAAGUAGGAUGAGGUGAAAAUCUUAUGAAAAUGUGUGAAAUCAAGGUCCGCUAACAUAGGCUGCAAAGGUAGCAUGGUACAGUGGUUCUCCAAGUGUGGUCCCUGGGUCAUCAGCAUUAUUUUUAAACUUGUAAGAACUGCAGAGUCUCAGGCCUCAACCCAGACGUAUGGCAUCAGAGACUCCAGGUUUGGGGUCCGCAGUUAAGCAAGCCCUGUGGGUGUUCUGACGCACUAUGGAUUCUGGGGUCACCUGUACUGUGCUGCUGGUACGGUGUACUUACCACCCUGAUUAGAAUGUUGUUCCAGCUGACAAAGUGUAGAAAACGUAUGGCUGUUGAGACCAGAACGCUGAAAUGCUGAAAGCCAGCCAGUUCUUACGCCUGGAUGUAAGUGCACCUGUGGCUGGGUCCAUGCGUAAUACAGAAAGUUUGUAGUUACAUCCGUUAUAGCCCAGAGUUUCACUUGAGUAUUUACUGUGUAUGUCUAUAGAAUUAUUUAUAAACUUUGUAUAAGCUUGAACUUUUUACAGAAGAUUUUCUAAGUAUGCAAACUUGCAAGAUGAAAAUAAAUCUAUUUGCCUGUUA